AUGUGGAACACCUCAACCCUAACCCCCAACGACACCAUAAUAACCACCAACCAAACAGUGGCGUCCAUAUACUCCUCCACCGUACAGCCUUCGAUAUCUGACGAAGACGGAGUCUGGGGCCCGAAACGUGACGCCCUUUACAUUGUCAUACCCCUAACCAUCAUUUAUGGGGCUAUUUUGGUGGUUGGUUCCAUAGGAAAUGUCAGUACAUGUGUUGUGAUAGCCAGAAAUAAAUCGAUGCACACCGCCACAAAUUAUUAUUUGUUCAGUUUGGCGGUUUCUGAUCUUUUGCUCCUGAUGGCGGGGUUGCCGUAUGAGAUGUACGCCCUUUGGUACAAGUACCCUUAUUUGUUUGGAGAGGCUUUUUGUGUUAUGCAGGGCCUUGCAGCCGAAACUUCAGCAAAUGCAACAGUUUUAACAAUAACAGCCUUUACCAUUGAAAGAUAUGUGGCCAUAUGUCAUCCUUUUUUAUCUCACACAAUGUCAAAAUUAUCCAGAGCAGUCAAAUACAUCAUUGCAAUUUGGCUACUAGCUCUCUGUCUAGCCAUACCGCAGGCAAUGUCAGUAGGCCUAGUCUACGGCCCAAAGGCCGACGGUGGAACCGACUCCACCGUUUGCGUCUGCGGCGUCGUCGAAACUCCUUUAGUUCCUAGGGCCUUCGAAUUAUCAUCCCUGAUAUGUUUUCUGGCCCCAAUGUUACUUAUAAGUGUCCUGUAUGCCCUGAUUGCGGCCCAACUUCAUAGGGCCAGAAUUACCGGAGAUAACGGCAAUGAAAGUAGUGGACAUACUAUGAAUAACCGAGAGUACUAG